AACAGCAGUGAUUGUGCGCGCAUACAACCCGCGCCAACCCAGCAACUCAAACUUCGACAGGCACACGAAAAAACAAACAAAAUUAUCAAAAUAAAAACGAUGUGAAAUAACAAUUAUUUAUACGUGACAAUAGUUUAAUUGCUGCAUGCCGUGUACAUUUUCAACCUGCCGGUAGCUCCACAUAAAGUUUAUUGCUACAAUACGCGGUAAGGUAUUAGCGUCGCGCCGGAGAAUAAAAACGGAUUGCUUGCUGCAAGCCGAAUCAUUGAAUCCUAGAGACUGAUAGCGAUAAUACUCGCGGAGUUCUACUCCAAUACGAUACGGUCCGUAUCGCCAUUCGGUCGAGCCUACGCGUUCGCUAAUGAUAUCGAUAAUUAAUCGUUUGUGAAUAAUUGUGCAUCGAAAUUACAUGCAGAUCGGUGAUUACACAUUUCGUAAACUUUGGCUGGUGCAAUUCUACUUCAUUUGAGACUCAAAGAUGUCAAUAUAACAAUAUCAGUAUUUGGGCAAUAUAAAAAUAAAAUGGCUUUGUUAUCGCUUUAUGGCGCAAAGCGAUUGUCUUAUCUUGCAAUAAAAUGUUCAUACGAGGAGCAAUGCUUUUAAAUACGUCGUCAACAAAAUAAUUUGCCACAAUUAGUGUCGAAUUAGCAAAUAUGUAAAGUGUUAUACAACCAGGAAAAUCAAACAGAACACAGUACGCGAAUUGCACGGAAGAUAUGGUACAUGAUCUUAUUAUGCUUACUUUUUUGGAAUGGCAUCUUAAGGUCAUCUCAUUAAUUAAUAUUUAGCUUUGAAAUUUGAUGAUAAUUGACACUAUCUACAAUUGGCACCACUUUGAAUUAAAUAUAAACAAGCAUCAUGACGGAAUUAGAACAGAAAGGAAAUAAAAUUCCGCAAUAUAUUGCCGCCCUUUCAGUAUGUUUGGGCUCUGUGGCAGCCGGUUGCGUAAACGGCUGGACAGCAAACAUAAAUACAGAAUUGGACGAAGGUAAAUUCAACGAUCUCAAAAUCGACAGUGAUGCAAAAGGAUGGAUUACCAGUUGUGCUACGUUAGGCGCUAUGGUAAUGUGUUUCCCAAUCGGUAUAAUAUGCGAUAUGAUUGGAAGAAAACUAGCAAAUUUACUACUCAUAAUACCAUUCGUUGUCGGAUGGUUGAUUAUCAUCCUGGCGGAAAACAACGGAAUGAUAUUCGCCGGGCGAGUUAUAACAGGCAUGGCAGGAGGAGCUUUCUGUAUAUCAGCACCAAUGUACACAAGUGAAAUUGCCGAAGCGGAAAUUCGAGGAGCGCUUGGAAGUUUCUUCCAGUUGCUUUUAACUGUUGGUAUUCUCUUUGCGUAUGUUGUUGCGUAUUUGGUUGAACCAAAGGCGUAUACUAUAAUUUGCGCAGUUUUACCUCUCCUUUUUGGAGCAGUGUUUUUCUUCCAACCGGAAACUCCAGUGUAUUUAAUGAAGAAAGGCAGAAGAGACGAUGCCAAACAAUCAUUGAUUAGAUUAAGAGGACAGAAAUACAACGUUGAGAAAGAAUUGAAUGAAAUUGCCGCCAUGUUGCAAGAAUCGGCUAAUAUACAAGUUAAUAUUGUGGAAUCAAUGAAGAAGCGUGCCGCGCAACGUUCUUCGAUUAUUUGUUUCGGACUUAUGUUUUUCCAACAGUUGAGUGGAAUCAACGCAGUUAUUUUCUACACUAGUGAAAUUUUCACCUCAGCGGGAUCCGAUCUUGAUCCGAAAAUUGCUACGAUUAUUGUUGGUGCCAUGCAAAUUUUCGGCACUCUACUUGCUUCAGUUAUUGUGGAUAAAUUGGGAAGAAAGUUACUUUUGAUUGUUUCCGAUUUAUUCAUGGGUAUUUCUAUCAUUGUACUGGGUCUAUUUUUCACAUUGAAAGAACGUGAUCUCGUGGACAGUUCUACCUUAACUGACAUUGGAUUUUUGCCAGUAUUAUCACUCUGCGUGUUCAUUAUUAUGUUCUCUAUUGGUUAUGGCCCUAUUCCAUGGAUGAUUUCAUCUGAAGUUUUCCCACCUGAAAUUAAGACCUUCGCCAGCGCUGCGGCCGGUACAUUCAACUGGUUUUUAGCUUUCCUUGUGACCAAAUUUUAUUUGGACCUUAAAGAAGCGUUUGGAGGUGAUGUCGUAUUUUAUAUUUUCGGUGUAAUUUCUUUAAUAGGCACAGUGUUUGUUGUAUUCUUUGUGCCAGAAACAAAGGGCAAAUCGUUUGAUGAAAUUCAAAGAGAAUUAAAUGGAGAGAAGAGUAUUGUGCCAAGCAAAAAUUAAAUUUAGUUUAGUUUUGUAAUAAGUUAUAAUACACGAAACAAACUCUACUUGUAUGCAAUGUACAUAUUUAUUUCAAUUGAAACUUGUUUUAAAUUAGUGCGUAGUUAAUAUUAUACUAUGUACAUAAAAUGUGAUUUCAUAUAUACUAUAAGUGACGUUGUCCAAUAUUGUUAAUUAUUUUCAUAUAAAUAUUAUAGACGUUAAUAUUU